AUGCCAUGCAUACUCUCACUGAAGCACCGUCCCUCUCCACCUCAGACUCGCAGUGGCCUGUGCAUGCCGGGCUGCCCUCGUGACGGCGCCAUGCUGGUGGACAGGUCCUCCUGUCGCCACUACUUCGUCUGCAAGAAGCUGCGGGAGGAACUGGUGUUGGCGCGGUGCUCCUGUCCCUCUGCCACGCCCAUCUUCAACCGCUACAGCCGCAAGUGCUCGGUGAGCGCCCGCUGCCGCCUCUCGUGCCCCUCGCAGCACCACGUCUACUCCAACUGGACUCAGCUUGCCCUGGGAGGCCACGAGUGCCACGUCGCCGAGCUGCCUCCGCCCCUGCAGCCCGCCACCACCCCUGAGACCACUCCUUCCACCACCACCACCACCACCACCACUACCACCACUACAACUACACCUUCUACCACUCCUUCCACCACCACCACUACAACUACGCCUUCUACCACUCCUUCCACCACCACCAAUACAACAACUCCUUCUACCACUCCUUCUACUACCACCACUUCAACCACAACAACUCCUUCUACCACUCCCUCCACCACACUUUCUACCACCACCACUAAAACAACUACUCCUUCCACCACACCUUCCACCACCACCAACUCUUCAACCACUCCCUCUACCGCAACCACCACUUCAACAACUACUGAACCGUCCACCACGCCCUCCACUGAACCGUCUCCCAAACCUUCAACCAUUCCCUCCACCACCACCACCACCACCACCACUACCACACUCACCACCACCACCACCCCCGAGGAGGAGGUCACAGAAUUAACCACAGAUGAACCCUCCGCUGAGACUAGCACACCACCAGCCACAUCUGCCACACCGGAGGCAUGCAACGACACUACCACAGCUCCCACCUCCCCACCACCCACCACAGGGACCCCGGAGGUUACUCUUUCCACCACAGCUUCUACCACAACCGCAGAUCCCACCACUAGUGAUACUUGCAUCCCUCCCAUUAUCCAGUCACCAGCCACUCUCCCUGCCACUAUUGAGUCACCAGUCCUCCCUGCCACUAUCCAGUCACCAUCCACCCUGCCUGCCAUUAUCCAGUUACCAGCCACUCUCCCAGCCACUAUUGAGUCACCAGUCCUCCCUGCUACUAUCCAGUCACCAGUUCCUCUUCCUGCUACUACUAAUACUCUGAUUACAACUAAACCUGCCACAGUUCAUUCACCAGUCACCAAGCCUGCCACUCUCCAGUCACCAGUUCCUCUCCCUGCUGUUACUAAUACUCUGAUCACAACUAAACCUGCCAUCAUCGAGGCACCAAUCACUAUCCCUGACGUCAUUCAGGCACCAGUCACCAAACCUGUCGCCACUAAUACUUUGGUUACAACCAAACCGGCCACCAUUCAGUUACCAGUCACUCUUCCUGCCAUUCUCCAGUCAUCAGUCACUAAUACUUUGAUCACAAGCAAACCCGCUACCAUCCUGUCACCAGUUACUCUUCCUGCCACCAUUCAGUCACCUGUCACCAAACCUGCUACAAUCCAGUCACCAGUCCCCCUCCCUGCCACCAUCCAGUCACCAGUCCCCCUCCCUGCCACCAUCCAGUCACCAGUCCCCCUCCCUGCCACCAUCCAGUCACCAGUCCCCCUCCCUGCCACCAUCCAGUCACCAGUCCCCCUCCCUGCCACCAUCCAGUCACCAGUCCCCCUCCCUGCUACUAUCCAGUCACCAGUCCCCCUCCCUGCUACCAUACAGUCACCAGUCCCCCUCCCUGCCACUAUCCAGUCACCAGUUCCCCUCCCUGCCACCAUCCAGUCACCAGUCCCCCUCCCUGCCACCAUCCAGUCACCAGUCCCCCUCCCUGCCACCAUCCAGUCACCAGUCUCCCUCCCUGCCACCAUCGCGCAGCCAUCACACAUUCCUGCCUUCCUUGAGCCCUCCGCCACGCUCCCUGCCGCCGUAGUUUCCACACGCCCCUCGACUGCAGCGUUGCCAGCACUCACGCCCUCCGCCGACACCAGCGCCGCCUCGUCUGCCGAGGACAUGGUGGCAGCAGACACCGCGGCAGCCUCUGCAGUGGCCGCCUUACCCUACACGCCAGGCAUUAUAUCCAACCUGUUCCCAAUUAAUUUUCCCAAUAUAGCAAACAAGCAAAUUGCAAUUGUCUACCCCACCAUUGGUCUGCCCACGCUCACUACAACAACCAUCGUCAAGUACCCCAUCGAAAUUCCUCCCUUCCCCAAACCCUCGAUCAUCCUCCCCUUUCAGACCCCCACCACCCUGACGAAGCCCACCAUCACCAUCCCUCCCCUGAUCAGCACCAUCACCUUGCCCGUCCUGAUCAAGCCCCCCAUCGGCUUCACCACCAAGCCUUUGCCUCUGAGCUUCACCACCGAUCUUUUCAACAAGUUCUCUUCACUCACCAAGUUUGGCCUCUUUAGUGGGGAUUCUGCUCCCGCUGCCACCAAUGCUGCCAUCACUUCGGUAAUUGCCCCCACUACACCACAUGACACUUCAUCAAUACUCCCCCCUCUUCCUCUCCCUCCCGCUCGCCCUCACAGCUGCGAAACCGUGAUCUGUCCUGCUGCUGGCGUGAGGAUCCCAAACCCCAGUAACUGCAAUCGGUAUUACAAGUGCGUUGCUCAGGACGGCAAGCUGGUGCCCCGCUCGUUCAUCUGCCCAGCCAGCGUGCCGGUCUUCAGUCCCACGCUGCAGCUGUGCAUCAGGGGCGUCAAGUGUAAAGUGCGCUGUGGGAACCAGACUGGCUCAGACUCCAAUGAAACAGCCUCGGCUACACCACAAGACGCCUCAACAACCCCAGCGGGAAACUCUGAAACCAGCGCUGCCACGCCGCCGCCAGCCACCUCCACCACUACCACAACGCCCGUCACAUCUGCCACAACGUCCACCACCACUGCCACUACCACAACAUCAACUACCACUACUACUACUACUACUACUACUACGCCCGACACCACCACCACUACUACCACUGCUGCUACUACCACUACCACCGAUGCCACAACACAGCCUCCACUGCCAGCCUGCCUUAUAUCGUGCGCUGAGCCUAGCAAGAAAGUAGCCGACCCUCGCAAUUGUAGAUUCUUUUACAUCUGUCACUUUAAGGAAGAUUCUCAGCCUGACCCCAUACGCAUGAAGUGCCCCAGCUCCCGGCCAACUUUCGACUCUGCUGCUGGUGAGUGCGUCAAACGGGCCCCCUGCUUGCCUCGCUGCCCUGCCUACGCUACAAUCGUCGUGUCUCAGAAUGAAACCACAAACCUCACUGCACAAGACGACCCAACAACAACAAUAACAGCAGUCACCUCCAUCACGAACACAGCUGAUGUCUUGCCAUCCCUUCCACCAGCAUCGUCCUCUUCAAUAGAUUGCCAGCCCGUCUGCUUAGUCCCAGAUUCCUGGUUGGCAGAUCCAGCAGACUGCCGCUACUUCUACGUCUGCCACUUCCUGAGAGAUGUGAUUCCAGAGCCUAGACGCAUCAGAUGUCCAUCAAGCCGACCAGUCUUCGAUCAGACCCUGGGCAGAUGCAGUGCAAGCGGCGCUUGUCAGGUCUUCUGUAAUGAAACAGCUCCUAUUUCUAUCCCUGAUAUCUCGCCAGAACCCUCGUGUCAUCCCAAGUGCCUCAUCCCUAACACCAGGGUGCCAGAUCCCUCCGACUGCAAGCACUAUUAUGUGUGCAUGCUGAUGGGCACACUCAAGCCUCAGCCCAUCCGCUCCAAGUGCCCUGACGCCACGCCGUUCUUUGACAGCAGCAAGAACAUCUGUGUGGAAAAGACAGAGUGCAAACUGGCUUGUCCUCUGACAGACACCACCAUUCCCUCUACACCUGAGAGCCCUGAUGUGGCCAACGAUCCGUGUUCCCCUCGCUGUGUGGAGCCGCAGACCAUCGUGCCUGACCCCCGGGACUGUGGCCACUACUACAUGUGUGAUGGGUCUCCUCUCGUGGCCACCAGGAUGAAGUGUCCCUCCCAUCAGCCGUACUUCGACGCCGCCACCACCAGCUGCUCUCAGGUGAACACCUGCAAAAACACCUGUGGCCAAGAUUCUACGAUUACUACAACUCUCGCUAGUUCAUCAAGCAUUUCCACCUCACGCCCUGAGACCACGGCAACCACCACAACAGUACGGCCAGGCUCGUGCAGGCCGCGGUGCAGCGCCCACAACACCAUCGUGCACGACCCGCUGGACUGCCACCACUACUACGUGUGCAUGGUGGUGGACGGCAAACACCACCUCAGCCGCGUCAAGUGCCCCGAGGAUCGCCCAGUCUUUGACCUGUCAUCUUACAGCUGCCAGAGAACCGCGCCCUGCAUCCUUACAUGUGCUGACAAUGUCAUCACGGAGCCUCCUACCACAGAUGCAGCUGCUGUCACCGCCUCUCCCAGUAGCACCGCAGCAGGAGGCUCAAACAUUAUUCCCGCCAGUGACCAAAACCCAGGCAUCACGCAAGACUCAAGCAGCAGCGCCGCCCAAAGCCCUGGCAGUCCCAUCAGUGUUAAUGAGACAGGCAGCGCGACGUGUGAGCCUGUGCAUUGCUCCAAGGCGGGAGUUCUGCUGGCCGACCUCUCAAACUGCAACCGCUACUAUGCCUGCGUCUACGUGGACAGUUUAGCACCACGGCCCGUCCACGCCACAUGCCCAAAACGCACACCGAUCUUCCAUUUCGGCAAGAAGCGGUGUGUGACCGAGGCAGAGUGUUACCAGCCUUGCUCCAACCAGAGCGUAGCAGUCACAAUUCCUACCACCACCAGCGAUACUUCCGUAACGGCUGGCGAUACUGAUGCAUCCAACCAACCUCCGUUGCCAGAGGAGCCAGCCUUGGAAGUGGACGCGUGUGCGCCGCAGUGUGGGGAGCUGGGCGGGCUGGUCGCUGACCCCAAGGACUGCCGGUUUUACUAUAUAUGUUCAGGUGUGUACAGGAGUCAAGACCCCGUGCACGUUCAGUGUCCUUUCGACCGGCCUGUGUUUGACCGCAAAACCUCGCAAUGUAGUGGCGGGGCUGCCUGCACGGUGACCUGCCCCUCCAGCAACACACCGGGGCAAGGGGGCUCCGAUGUGGUUAUAAGCGAAUGCACUCACGCAGGCUAUUUUGCUAAGAGCCACACCUGCCAGUCACUGUACACACACUGUUAUCAGAAGGAUGACAGACUGGUGAGGGCUACUAAGAAGUGCCCUCCAGGCUUCGUUUUUAACCCAGUCUCCACCUAUCCUUAUUGUGUUCCUCCCGAAGAUUGUCCCUACGACCCAGCCAUCAAAGGUCCUUCCAUCAACGGCACCAUCUGCCGCCACCCCGGCAGUUUCCCCCGCUGCCGCAACUGUUGCUCAGACUUCCUGCGGUGCGAGGCCACUGGCGACGAGUUCUGGCCAGUGGAAGCACAGUGCCCCGGAGGUCUGGUGUUCAACACAGACCCUCGCUACCCAGUGUGCGUGCGGCCACAGGACUGCUCCCGCAACGAGCCAGCCAGCGACCAUUGUGACACGGAGGGGUACUACCCGGCGUGCCAGGGCUGCUGCAAACAUUACUACUACUGCACAGGGGACGGCCGCCUCCUGCACCGCUCUUGUCCUCACUCGCUGCUCUUCAACCCAGACUCCUCACAAUGUGUCCUCCCUUGGAAGUGCCCUAACAUUUCCCCGCCAGGUCCCUUCCCGUGACGGGCGGGCCUCCCUCCACUCGCCCAUUUUUGGCAGUUAAUAUGUGCUGUUGCAUACGAAAUAUUGGAUGACUUUUAACAAUUUCUUCAUGUGUGUGUUAACUGUAUCUUAUAGGGCUUAAAUUAACGGCAAUAUAUUGUUGUUGUUGUUUUUUAUGUGAACAUUUUUAAUAAAGUUAACUUAUUAUUUUGAAA